AUGAAUAAACAGAUAAUUAGCCUAAUUAUUAAUGGCAAAUUGGCAGAAAAAAAAAACAUGAACAAAUACAUAAUUAAAAACAAUUUGGAAAAGGUUAUACUAAAUUUUAGCUUGUACUCAAAAAUUGUAAGUAAAAAUGAGUUAUUGAAAAAUAUUAUUCUGUACACAAAAAUUGUUCAUCUGAAAUAUUUUCAUCUGGACUACUUGUACAAAUAUGUUAUAGGACCUCUGCUAAAACAAAGGAAAUUAGAUCUACCACUUUUACCGAACAUUAUUCAUACAUAUAAAAAAAAUGACAAAUGUAAUUACAUUUUAAAAGAAAUAAAUAAUUACAUUGUUGAUAAUUUACGAAAAAGAAAAUUGCAUGUGCAAGAUGACUUAAAUAAUUGGGUUAGCAUUUUACAAGUAUUAUCUUCAAAGAAAAAAAAUAUAAAUUUUGUUCCUUUAUUGAAAUAUUUUUUUAUCAAAAAUGAGGUCAAAUAUGAAGAGGGAAAUAUAAAUAAUAUAAUAGCAGAGAACAGGAGAAGAAACAUUUCCAUGGAUUGUUCAUUUUGUGAUUAUAAUAAAUGCUACCAUAACAGGCGCGUACUCACCUUACCAGAUAAUGAUAUAGAUUAUAAAACUUUCGAAUUACUAUCUCCUAGGUCAUUCGGCAUAUUAUUUAAUACAUUGGCAAAAGUGAAAAUUCAGUGUAACAAUGAUUUUUUUUUAAAUACAUUUUUUUAUCAAAAAACGAAACAGAUGCUACCGUCAUUUAAUAACAUUGAUUUGUGUUUAAUUGUGGAUGCUUUUUAUACAUUUCAAUUUACAAAUAAAAAUUUAUUGAAAUAUAUUGAAGAAGAAAUUUUGAAAAGAAUAACAGCAUUUGAUUUAUUGCAGUUAUCCAUUAUUUUUUAUAAUUUAUCAAAAUUUUGGAAUGAUGGUGAUAUUAAAAAUGAACUUUUUGCUGUUCUUUUUAUGAAAAAAGUGAAAAAGUAUCUAAACUUAUAUUUAUUAUAUAACUUGGAUGAGAAAUAUAUAUUAUAUACAAAAAAUAAAAAAUCUUUAAUUGAAAUAUUACCUAUGUUUUUUUUAGCAUAUGUCAAAAAAGUACAUGCCGUAUUCCCAUAUUAUUUCAGUUUUAGUAAAUUUCUUAUGUUACAAUUUUUAUUUUUAAAUAAGCAUAUACUCUUUUUAAAAAAAAAUUGUUUUUUUAAAAAUUAUCAUCAUAGGCAAGGAAAACUCUAUAAAUACGAUACAGACGACCAACCCAAUUUUUCAUAUACCUUAAGCAACAUCAAUCGGACUAUUUCAAAUUUAAUUUAUUCAUUUAUCGGUUAUUUCUACAAUAUUUUAACUUUACCUUAUAAAAAGGAACACAACAUACUAUUUGUUCGUCAUUUUUUUUUGACCUUAAAUAAUAUAUAUCAAUUACUUUAUUUUUUUAAUCUCUUUUAUCAUAACAGAUUGACAAUUACAAAAGAUGAAAAAUUUAUUAUCCCUCUACACAAAUCUCAGCUUUUAAUUUUUUUGUAUACCUAUUUAAAUUUUAUUUUAGAUUUAUAUUCUUAUUUAUAUUUAAAUAAUGCUAUAAGAAGAAAGUUCAGUGAUAUCUUAACUGUUCAUGCAAAAGAAAACAACAAAAAUGGGAACAUCCUGAACGAUUCAUUUUAUUUUGUUAAAUUAAAAUAUAUUAAAAAAAUAUUUUUUCUAUUAACCAUUUUGGAGAAUGUUGAUUUAAAUACAAUAAUGAAAGAAUCGUUAGAAGGAAACAGUAAAUAUGUUAGUCUCAUCUACGAGGAUAUACAAAACAUAAUUAACAAUUCGAACACGUAUUCCCAUAAUACCUCAAUUUAUUUUAAUAGACAAAUUAUAGGCCCAUACACAAUUUCUGUCCUGUGCAGGUAA